AUGCUGGCUCCAAAAACAUGCACGAGGAUUACAGAAAUAUCCAGUAGAUGUAGCAAAAUAUCGUUGGGAACUACAGAAGCUCCUUGCGCACUUGCAAAACGCUCAUCUAAACGCUCCAUCAACCACUAUUCAUCCACGAGUGCGUUUGUCAAGCCGACCGUCAAGAAGCCCGCACAGGUUACUCGUGCCCUGGAUCGAAAAUCACCAUUAACAAAGGCAUUAAUGAGCUUAGAGAGAGCCGUAGAAGCAAAAGAUGCAUCACUGGCUCUACGCAUCUCUACUACCCUCAAGAUUCACGGCAUAAGGCCUACAACUCAGUUCUAUCGUCUGCUUAUGCAAGUCCUGACCGAAAAGGGGAUGAAUAGAGAAGCCUCGGCCAUCUUUGACGAUGCAAAGGCUAUAGGAAUCGAACCGGACCGCGAAAUGUGGAACUACUUGUUGGAGGCACGUGCACACGAUACGAUUGAAUUGUCCAAUGCCGUGGCGUCAAUGGUGAUGGCAAGGCACGAGCUCAAUGCCACCAGCUAUCGAGUACUGAUUCAGCACUACGCCAACACGCGUAACCUCCUCAUGUGUCUCCGCAUUCUCCAAGAAAUGAAGGAGAAGGACAUUACUCCUGACAUCAUAGCUGUCGAUGCCACCGUCGUACUCGCCUGUUCAAGCAACCUUACGCGGCUCGGGCACGGGUUGGCCAUCGACUAUGAGCAAAAGGCCACUAGACAGUUGCCCAUUUCAACAUGGACGCGAAUAUUAGCGUCUAGUGCCCAUACAUUCUAUACCGCGGGUAUACUCGAAGGGUGGCAACGAGUCGCAGGGGAUAAUAAAGUUACACCAGAUGAAGGGAUUUGUACCAUGGUGAUCAACGCCGCGGGUCUCGCUGGACACAGCGAGCUCUCGGAGAAGGCAGUCAAGGCAUUACAAACCCUCAAUGUCACCCUCCGGGAGCAUCACAUUGCACCAUGGAUGCUGGCUCUAGCGACCGAGGGAGACGUUUCAAAGGCACUCGACCUCUUCGACUUUAUGGAAAAGCACGGCGUCCAACCUACUCGCUUCACAACGCGGCCCCUGAACAAGCUCCUAACAAUUCCCGAGAACUUGGAAUCCUCACUUCACCACCUAAGGACCAGAGUGAAAAAUGGGGGCAACAAUCUCGCUGCGGCAUUCAAUUGUGUCUUAGGAGCGACGUUGCGGGAUCGUUCAAAUCGUACCAUUGCCUUGGGCAAGGAGAUGGAUGAGCUUAAGGUUGUACCGACAAUCGAUACAUUUAAUAUCCUCAUUCAUUCGGCUUGCCUCAGGCAUAAUGUGCCAGCGACCCACGCCUAUUUCGAGGAGAUUCUCUUACGUGGCCUAGUGCCUAACCAGGAAACGUAUGAGCGCAUCAUCGUCUUGCUCACCAGUGAGGUCGUGUACGAUGAUGCAUUCCUUUACCUCUACAAGAUGACUUCUGCGCACUUGGUUCCCUCCUUCGAAGUCUUGAUGGGAUUGGCAAAGAAAUGCUCUCUCAAACACGACGCACGAUGGAAGGAUCUUGUCAAGCAGAUGGAGAGGUACAACUAUGUGGUCAGCGACGAGCUCAUGAAUUAUCUUGCGGCUAAUGGAAAUGUCCGUCUUACGGAAAAUACGACAAGCGGAGACGAGGACCCGCCGAGCGGCUCGACAUAUUCUCCACUUCCCAUAGAUAUGAACGACGUCGACGAGGAGCUGGACAAGCAUUCAACUCGUAUAGACUUUGCAUGA